CCAGACUAGAUCAUUUCUAUUUCCUCACAGGGUCCGAACUUUAGUUGUUUUGACUGUUGUUGCAUAGCACUGUCCCAUUCCAUGUUGACCUCCUAUAGAUGAUCUUCUAUCACUGUGGGUGACUAUCAGUGGGUGACUUAAGGCUUUUUCUCCACAUGACAUAUAGCUUUAAAUCUUAGACAGAAGUCUGAUCAAAGGUUGACAUGCAAAAAAACAUCUGAGCAGUUUACAGAACUGAGCACUUCCUGCUGCUUUCAUCAGAACAACAGGACAUUCAGAGGAAACAUGCUCUGCACAGCAGCACCUGAACACUGCUGAACCUCUCCAUCUGCCAGUGCCACAAUCAGAAUGCCAGCACUCCAAGGAUGUUCUUCCACAGAGACUGAAAUGAACUGAAGUUGAACUUUUGUCAGUUUUUGUCCUCACAUCCAUCUCUGUGCUUCUCCAGCAGCAAGAUCUGUUAUUCAACAAUGAUGCUCCUCAGUGUGAAGGUGUAUGUGACUCUGCUAUGGGGGAUAUCUGUUUUGUUUUCUAUGGAGACCAAGAGCUCGUCCAUCCCUGAAACCAGCAGCAGCAGCAACAACUCAACAGCUGAAUCAAACAAGGCAAACAGGCCUCUCACCACUGCACAAGUACCUCAGAAUGUAACAGAGACCUGGGAUCCGACUCACAAAUCUGCAGAAGUUACUGCAGCAACAGAGACCAAUGUGUCACCCACAAUGGAAACAGACGAGGCAGCUGUGAGAGGCAGCACAGAUGAUUUGGUUGUUGUGACUAUCAUAGCAACAGCUACAAGCAGCCCGGGUCCCCAGUUGCUUAGCCUCUCCUCAGCAGUGACCACAGCUGCAGCUGAUGCACAACCUUCACAUGAUACAACGAUCUCAGAAACAGCUAAACCUACACAGGAUGAGGUACUGCAGCAAUCACCAACCACGUCUGCUAAUGUGACAAAUUCUACAACAACUCCUGAAGUACCUUCAGCAAUAGUGACCGUGUUUUCGUCGCUGCCGCCAUCCACCACUAACCCCGAUCUAACAUCCAUGUUAUCUUCCAGCACCACCUCUGAUAGUUCCACUCAGGCUCCACACUCCAUCAGCAGCCCCUCAGCUUCUACUGCGACCUCAAUGACAGCGAACCCUACCUCUGAGGUGGUACCUGCGUUUGACCUCACUUCUUCACCUGUCACAGUAACUGAGACAUCCACCAAAAGUGGUGGGCUUUCACCCACGUCUCAGCCCAUUUCUAAUACAAGCACCCACGUCUCCACAUCACAGUCCCCUGACACAAUGGGGUCAAGCUUUACCAUGAGGUCCUCCAACACCACAGCCUGGAAUGACUCCUCUAUCUCCACUUCUUCUGCCAACUCUACCAGUCCAGCAGGAAUCUUGAUCCCUCGUGAUGCCAAGACGUCGCCAGUUCCGUCGACCAGAUCAACCCUGGCGACUGCGUCGAGGCCUUGCGAAGCCUCAAAGGGCUCACCCAGCACUGAGGUCCUACCCUGCAAUACCCGGAGCGUGGCAAACCGCUGCCUCAUCGCCAUUGCCUUGUUGGCCGGGUUGGCCACCAUCUUCAUGGUCUCUACCAUCAUCCUGUGCGCCAAGCUGUCGGCGAGGAAGUACAGGGUCAAGAAACCGCAGCAGGCCACCGAGAUGAUGUGCAUCUCUGCCCUGCUGCCCGAGAGGACUUACACCUACACGAGGCAACACAACCCGAUCACCAACGGAGUCCUGGUGUUCCCGAGUGGGGGAGACAGUGAUGAGGAAGGGGGAGAUAACCUCACCCUCAGCAGCUUCCUUCCAGAAAAUGAACGUAACGUUUAGAUGGAUUUACCACGACUGAUGUGACUUUAUCAGCCCCCAGAUUGGACUGAUGUGGCUGAUGCCAGUGAUGUGGAAACAGUUGCUGUUUUAGUAAAACAAUGUUUCCUCUUUGAAGUUGGUGGUUCAACUUCAUUGUACACCCUACUCCUCUGCAGGAAGAGACAGAGAAACCACAACUACACAAAUGCACGAAGAAGAAGAAGGAAAAAAAACAGCACUGUUUCACAUUAAUGCACCAUUAAUCAUAUCUGGUAUUUGGUGAAGUUGGGUCAUCAAACAUGUAUUUUAAGCAAGAAUUAACAUGUUUUUCUCCAUAAUUUUACACUUGCCAACCACUGGAGACUUUAAGCCAGGAAGAGGAGCAUGAUCAAAGAUUUUUUUUUCAAACAUCCUGCGCUGAGCCCUGCUGGUAUUUCACUUAGCGACGAGAUACAGGAAGGCUUGUUUUGUCAAGAGGUUACUGUUCUUCACAGACACUGUUCAGUUUACAGGUGCUGUUCUAGCAGCUCUGAAGUUUAAUUGUACAAAUGGAGUAUUUUGAUCAAUGAUAAACUUUAUAUUACUCUGCUUAUGUAGGUGUUAGUGUAGAGAUGCAGUAUCUGUAUUGGUAUAAUUUAUUAAAGAGUGUCUUAUUAAAUGUUUUGAUGUUU